GAGCCGCGCGGUGCUUUUGGUUUCGCUUUUGCUGGACUUUCCACGUAACAGCGCGGACGUUGUUGCCAGACCUCUCGGUCGCCCCUUCUUCAUGGAGAGCUCGCAGCUCACAGAAGACCUUUCUGAUCCCGUCGCUCUACAGAUGGAUGUAGAUGGUGAAAGAAUCUAUGGCGAUGAUACAGAUGCAAAGCCGGAUAGAAGAGGUCGAUUUCCAAUGCUUAUAAAAAAAAAGAAUGGACAGGAUCUUCUGCCAGAUGCCCCUCCCGGUGGCCAGUACCGAAAUGUUAACCCGACAUUUCAGUAUAGUAUGAACUAUAAGAAAAUUGGUAAAUGCAUUAUUAUAAACAACAAGAACUUCGACAAAAGUACAGGCAUGAGUAUACGAAAUGGCACCGAUAAAGAUGCUGGUGACCUUCAAAAAUGUUUUCGAAAUAUGGGGUUUGAUGUUGCAGUCUAUAAUGAUCUCAGCUGUGAUGAAAUGAAGACAAUACUUGGUGAAGCUGCAUGUGAAAACCAUAGUGAUGCUGCUUGUUUUGCCUGCAUAUUGUUAAGCCAUGGAGAGGAGGGUCUUAUCUAUGGCACAGAUAAGCCUAUGGCAAUCAAGGAGUUGACCAUUCUUUUUAGAGGAGAUAAGUGCCAGAGCCUCGUCGGAAAACCUAAAUUAUUUUUCAUUCAGGCAUGUCAAGGUUCUGAAUUUGAUGAUGGGAUUCAGACCGAUUCAGGUUCUUCAAAUGACACUCUGGAAAUGGAUGCCAAUCCAACAUACAAGAUUCCAGUAGAAGCAGAUUUUUUGUACGCCUAUUCAACUGUGCCAGGUUAUUAUUCCUGGAGGAAUCCGGGGAAAGGCUCCUGGUUUGUGCAGUCUCUUUGCUCAGUGCUGAGUGAGUCUGGCAAAGAGUUGGAGAUCCUGCAGAUUUUGACCAGAGUUAACUACAAGGUGGCUAGAAACUACGAAUCGCAGUCCAAUGACCCACGCUUCAGCGAGAAGAAGCAGGUUCCUUGUGUGGUGUCGAUGCUGACGAAAGAACUGUACUUCUGAAAUCUCAUCUACAUGGGCAGAUACCAAUGGUGCCUUAAUUUUUUUCCUCUGAAGCAAGAAUGGAAUGUAUAGCACAUUACAUUUUGUAGUACGAUGCUGAACGAUUUAAACAAAGCUUUUCAAAGCAAAAAAACAACUCUAGAUCUCAAGCUUCGACUAUGUAUGAUUCUUUUGAUACUUGCAAUACCAAGAUUACCUCAGUUGAUUGUUAUAAACCUUUGCAAGAUACUUCCAGAGUGUAUUUUACACAGAUGUUGGUAUAUGCUUCCGUUCUUUGUUUCUGUUAAUAUUUCUCUUGCUUGAACUUGUUUGGAAUCUUUUUUCCUCAUCUUGGAAAUAGCUCAUAAUUUGCAAUAUUAUCUACUGCUCAAGUCUUAUUUUGAAAUCACUGAACAAUAACUGUAGUGCACACAAUCUAUUCAGCACAAUAGCAGUUUGAUAGAAAAAGUUUGUUAUAUAGUGUAGUCUGGAACAGUAAACAGAACAGUAAGUGAUUAUAAGUUGACAAUCUGCUCAAAGCACAAUAAUUCCACAAAGCAAUAUGUCCCCUCCUCCCUGUUCUGCAAACAGAAGCGGUUCCAUCAGUAAUUGGAUUCCACCCUAAGAAAACUAUGAGAUUCUUCUUCCUUGCAAUUAUUUAUUACUGUUGGAGAAUCCUAGUUCUUUCCUUCAGAUGUCAUCAGCCUGGUAAAUCUACCCAUUCCCCGUGAUUAGGCAUUGCAUAACCAGUAUUUGUACAUUCACUUGAAUACAGAAAGAACCAUGAGUCUUGACCAUACAAGCCCAUUUCUCUUACAUGGGAUGUACUUUCUGAUAACAAUGGUUAGUUUCUUAUUUUGUCGACUUGCAACCCAUGUUGUGUAACUAUUGCACUUUUAGUUCUUAUAACAAGUCUGUAGUUUGUACAACACGAUGUAUACUGGACACAGAUCUGUAUUCUUAGCAAUUUGUGCUUCAUAUAUAGAGUCUGUUUCUUGAUGUUUAAGGACUGUGACUGAAGUAAAUUUGGCCCCCACAUUCUAGUUACAAGUGGAAAGUUUAUUUUAUAUUAAUCAAAACCACUACUCCAAAGGCUACAUUUUUAAAAUAUAUUUUUCAGCCUCAUACCAAUGUAGAAAAAGUGUUGAAAGCUGCUGAAAUGUGAAAGAAUGAUCUAAUUACAUCAAGUAGGAUUUCUUAUUAGUCACUGCAAGAAGGAAUCCCUAUGGAAUGCCAGAGUCUAAACAAAAUCCAGUGCACUAUGAACUUCCAUGCUUUUUGGCAUGGUGCAAAAAUAUAGCAGUGGGAUCCAAUGUAUUCAGAAGAUGUGAUUGUUUGAAUCUAGCCUGUGAUUGUUUGAAUCUAAACUUUUAAAUUUCUAUAGCAGAACAUCAGUGGGAGAUUUGCCUUGUAAACAAUAGUGAAAAGUUCUCAUGACGUUAUUUUUGGCACUAAAGAACUGUUGAAUUCUUUGGACCCGAUACUUCUGCCCAAUUAUAUGCAGGCUUAGUAAGAUAUUUUCCGUAGCAUUUCAAAACAUCUAUUGUUCCUGUUUUCCCUAUAAAAUGGGAACUUCCACUAACAAACUACUAAGGUAAAUCAACUGUUUACGUACAUCCUGUUCGGAAGACACCUUUCACCAUGGCUUUAACCAUGGUGAAUAAGCCAAAAAGCCUUAUUCACUCUGGUUAAAGCCAUGGUUUAAGAUGUCUUCUGAACAGGGCCAUAGAAUGGUAGUGCAUAAACCCCAUUUGUUCUACAGGGAAGAAAAUUAGAACAGAGAUGUCUAUAUAUAAUAGGUGCAAACAUAGCCAAGAUGUAUAUUACAAUUUUUAUGACUAUCACAAGGCAACAUAAAAUAUCUAUUUUUUUUCAAAGAUACGUUAGUGAAUUCUGUGGGAAAACAUAAUGAAACAAAUAAAGAUAAUUUUCUAACAUC